AUGGCGUCUUUAUGGACGGAGAUGACGAAAAUAGGGGUUCCAGAAUUAAAAAGACAUCCGAAAACGAUCGGUUCCAUGGGCAACUGUUUACAACCGAACGAACCUGAAUGCAAUAAUAUUCCAAGAGCGACGAGCAUCACUGUCGAUACUACACCGAUCAAAGAACGUAACGUUCCAAUUAUCUUCUUGCUCGGUGGACCAGGCGCUGGAAAAAGAACAUUGUGCACGAAGGUGGCAGAAAAGUACGAUUUCCUCGAUAUAAUAAGCAGCGAUCUGAUCAGGCAGGAAAUAUCAAAACGAACGGAGAGAGCUUUUACUUUGGCGCGUUUAAUGUCGCAAGGACGACUCGUACCCACGAAUGUUCUGUUAGAACUGAUCGCGAGUAAGAUGCUAAACAAUUUGUCCAACAAGAACGGUGUGAUCAUGAGCGGUUUUCCAAGGCAGAAAGACCAGUGUCGAAUAUUCGAGAGACACGUGCGACCGCCCGAUCUCGUUUUGUAUCUGAACGUAAGGAAUUCGGUGCUCAGCGAUAGAAUAAUGGGCAGAAUGGUCACGAUUACAGAGAGCCCGCUUAUCCACUACGAGGACAUCAGGAAACAAAUCAGGGAAUUUCAUAAAAGGAAUCGACCGAUACGUAAAUACUACAAGAAGGUACUGGUGAUUAUAGACGGUGAAUCGGACCCGAUUAACGUGUACGAGGAAGCGUGCGAAGCUAUCGAUAACGUUUUAAUGAGGAGAAUGUCGAACACGUGA